ACUGCCACGUGGAUCCUCCUCAGAACCGCGUUUUAGUUGCCCGGGCAACAGUCCCUCCUCAUUAUCCUUGUCUCCCCACCGAAAAAUAGGUCCCUGCUCGCCCACCACCCGGGAUCUGCAAGCUGCGAGCCCACGAGGUGACUUCGGUUUCAGUGCCCAUUUGGACUUUCACAGAGAUGGCUGCAGAGGCAUCGACAUCGAAAACUACUGAGCUUUGGUAUUGUCAUCCAGUAUACGCAAGAUAUUGGCAGCAUUACCAUCAAGCGAUGGCUUGGAUGCGAAGCCACCAGAAUGCCUACAGGAAGGCGGUGGAAUCCUAUUUCAGUUUCCCAUGGUACUUCCCUUCUGCAGGUUUUCCCCAAAGCUCUUAUGACAAUGAGGGUGGAUAUCCACAGUCAUUCUAUGACCAUCAUGUGGCCUGGCAAGACUCCUACCACAGUUAUACACCCAACAGAAGGUCUGGACAGCCUCCAUGUGACAGUAGGAGCCAGACACCUACAAGAGAAGAUCAAGCAUUGUUUGAAGAGGAAGAGAUGGAGUCGGAGUCAGACGAGGAGGUAGAAUGUGACCUGAGCAAUAUGGAAAUCACCGACGAGCUCCGCCAGUACUUUGCACAGACAGAGAGACACAGAGAAGAGCGAAGGCGGCAGCAGCAGCUGGAUGCAGAGCGCCUAGAUGACUACGUGAAUGCUGAUCAUGGCCUGUACUGCAACACCCGGCGCUCGGUGGAGCCCCCGAGUGAGAGGCCUGGAGAGCGGCGCCAGGCCGAGAUGAAGCGCUUAUAUGGAGAGAGCGCUGCCAAGAUCCAGGCCAUGGAGGCCGCUGUGCAACUGAGCUUUGACAAACAUUGCGACAGAAAGCAGCCCAAGUACUGGCCUGUCAUUCCCCUCAAGUUCUGAAUCCUGGGCACAGGGCCCCAAGGGAAUGCUCCCUAAAGACAGUCCCCAGCCUCACCCUUUCCCUCUGAGACACACUCCCAUCAUCUCUCUUCUAUACAAUUCUCAGGGAAAGAGGCCUCUGUACCGAGAUACAGCAUGGUCACCAAAAUCCUGGUGGACCAUCAGAAGGAGGAUGUAAUGUCAGCCACUUGGAAGUAAGCAGGAUGUAUACUAUUGCCAACAUGAAAUAUCUUCUCUCUCAAUGAUCAUUUUGAGCCAGGCAUAGUGAGUGGUACACGCCUCUAAUCCCAGCAGCUCAGGAGGCUGAAGCAGGAGGAUCAGGAG